AUGAAAUCCAGUGGAGUAGGAACGGCCCACCGAGCUGCCACCACCAUUCGCACCCUCUUCACUGACAUCACGCUCCAGUUCUGUGACGGAUACCGGCCAGCAGCAGGGCAGACCCCAACACAGUUUCUGCUUGGAUUUACUUUGGACAACCUGGUUGGAAUGUAUCUGGCUCAGAAUUAUGACAUACCCAACCUGGCUAAAAAAGUUGAAGAAAUUAAGGAAGACUUGGAUACCGAGAAGCAGCCCCCUAGUUCAUGA